AUGGAGACACCUGCGGAGGCCACACUGGAGCUCUGUCUUAGGUUGGGUCCACUGACAUUCCAGGAUGUGACUGUGGACUUCUCCCAAGAGGAGUGGGAAUGCCUGGACACUGCUCAGAGGUCUUUGUACAUUGAUGUGAUGUUGGAGAAUUACAGCAACCUGGUCACUGUUGAGAACUAUUGCAAAUAUGAUCCUGUCCAUCAACAUGUGAAGACUGAAAAGGAGUCUUGUCAGUGUAAUGAGAUUGGCAAAAUGGUUCAUGACCCCUCCACAUGUGCUUGUUAUAAAACAAGGGAAACUCCUGAAAACUCCAAUAACUACAAGUGCAAUAAUCACAGGGAUGCGUUUAUUGAGUCUUCAAACCCACGUAGAUAUGAAAGCAUGCACACUGGAGAAGAACCUUGCAAAGCUAAUGACUGUGAGAAAUUCUUAAAUUUGAGUUCCAACCUUACUCAAAAUCAGAGACUCUACACUGAAAAGAAAGAGCACAGGCAGAGAAAAUAUGAUUAUUUCAGCUCUACAUACAGUCGUUUGCAACAACCAAUCUACAUUGGUGAGAAACGACAGCAGUGUGGGAUGUGUGAGAAAUGCUUCAAUAAUGCCUCAAGCCUCACUGUACAUCAGAAAAGUCAUACUGGAGAGAAAUCUUACAAAUGUAUGGAAUGUGACAAAUCCUUUACCUGGGACUCACAUCUGAAAAGACAUCAGCGAGUUCAUACUGGAGAGAGACCUUACAGAUGUAAGGAAUGUAACAAAUCCUUUUCCCAUUGCUCAAAUCUUAGAAGACAUCAGAGAAUUCACACUGGGCAGAAACCUUACAAAUGUAUGGAAUGUGACAAGUCCUUUAACCAAAAUUCACAACUUAAAACACAUCAAAGGGUUCAUACUAGAGAUAGAUCUUACAGAUGUAACGAAUGUGUAAUAUCUUCCUCUACAUGUUCACCUCUUGAAAGCCAUCAGAAACUUCAUACUGGAGAGAAACUUUACAAAUGUAGGGAAUGUGACAAAUAUUUUACUAGGUGCUCAAAUCUUAAACAACAUCAGAACAUUCAUACUGGAGAGAAACCUUACAAAUGUGGAGAAUGUGACAUGUCCUUUACUCAGGGUUCACAUUUGAAAAGACAUCAGAGAAUUCAUACUGGAGAGAAACCUUACAAAUGUGGAGAAUGUGACAUGUCCUUUACUCAGGGUUCACAAUUGAAAAGACAUCAGAGAAUCCAUACAGGCGAGAGACCUUACAGUUGUGAGGAAUGUGAUAAAUACUUUAGAAGUUCUGAAAAUCUUAGAAGACAUCAGAGGAUCCACACUGGGGAGAGACCUUACAAAUGUAUGGAAUGUGACAUGUCCUUUAUCCAACACUCACAUCUUAAAAAACAUCAGAAUGUUCAUACUGGAGAGAGACCCUACAGAUGUAAGGAAUGUGAGAAAUCCUUUUCCCAUUGCUCAAAUCUUAGAAGACAUCAGAGAAUUCACAUUGGGGAGAAAUCUUACAAAUGUAUGGAAUGCGACAAGUCCUUUACCCAGAACUCAAAACUUAAAACACAUCAAAGGAUUCAUACUGGAGAGAAACUUUACAAAUGUAGGGAAUGUAACAAAUAUUUUACUAGGUGCUCAAAUCUUAAACAACAUCAGUUAAUUCAUACUGGAGAGAAACCUUACAAAUGUGGAGAAUGUGCCAUGUCCUUUACUCAGGUUUCACAUUUGAAAAGACAUCAGAGAAUCCAUACAGGCGAGAGACCUUACAGUU